CCGGAAGUCAAGUUGCGCGCGGAUCACGUGGGCCCAGUGUCAGCUGAUGACGACGAUGAUGUUGUUAUUGAUCUGAGUGUUUUAAUUUAAUCGCCGUGAUUUGUAAUUCAGUUAUGAGAUAAAAGACACUCGGGCUGAUGCGAGUGCAGGCGCUUGAAAGCUGUGACGAUAAUGACGAUGGCCACGCGAACCGGGAUGGAAAAAAUCGUGAAGGAUGCUGGAGAGAUCAGCACCCGCCUCUUGGACCACAAAGCGUUCACGCAUGGCCAGGCUCGCUUCAUGCUUCGUGAGUUCGAGGAGCGGCGCGGGUACCGCGAGAUGCGCCGCCUGCAGGAGGCCGGGGAAACGAUGACGCGCAUGGCCGACUCGCUGCUGCCCGACGCCCUGGCCCUCGCCCAGGAGCUCCCCACCAUGCUCGCUCGCCUGGAGGCUGCAAACCGCAUGUGCAACCGCAUCCUGCAGCACCAGGACGAGCCUCGUGAGCAUGAGGUGCUGGGGAAGGGGCGAGAGCGGCGUCGCGCCGAGCUGGACGCGAGCGUGCGGCGGAUGCGCGAGCACUGCGCCGGCACGGACGCCCGGCACGACCGGGAGAUGGCGGAGACGCGGGCACGCUACGAGCGCCUCGCCGUCGAGCUGCAGGAGGGUUACGCCCGCACGACGGCGCCGUGACCCCUGCCGCCCGCACCACGGCGCCGUGACCCCUGCCGCCCACACGACCGUCACCACGACCUUCGCCGCCAGAAUUGGAAUCUUUUUUUUUGACUGGAGGAAUCCGACAAGCUUACGAAGCUCUUUUUUCACAGACAACCAGUAAAUGUCCACCGUCGCCACGUGCAGCCCGUGUCUAAUGGCGCGGCGGCUCCCAUGCUCGUGGCUGUUAUCGUGGCCUUCAAGUGGGUUGCGGCAACAGCCACACGUGCGGCGACAAAGAUCCCCCCAUAUAGCCUUAGCUGAGUGUUGGGGCAAGAGCUGUUCGCAAGCACUGAAGGUCCAUGCAGAAUCGGCUUUAUUUCUCCACUGUUGAAUCCUUUGUUAAACUGAGCAAUACAGGAACCAAUAUUGUUGGAAAUGAUUCCAGCACCGCUGAAAUCCUGGGUUCGAAUCCCGGCAGCUUUCGGUGGUUGAAACGGGUCCUCAAGUGUAGUAGUGAGUUGAUGGGUCUCGGCCCUGUCACCUAUGAUGGCACAAAAAACCACCACAUUCAUUCUUAAUUUGGAUAAAUUCAAACUCUGAUUAUGUUAAGAUAUUGCUUUGUCACACCACUCUCAUAUGCAAAGAGAUUUGUAAAGUGCUGCCCUCUACCGCGUGUGUGUGUGGUUGUCAGGUUUUUCGAGGACACGACUAAACCCAUCGAUUCGUCGCGUGGGGUGAUUGGAUUGGUCGUCACAUGCCUCAUGUACAUGUAUACUCUAGGUGUUGUAUCGCUCUUUCAUGAUACGUGAUCCAUUACUAGGAUCGCCGGUACCAGCCAGCACUACUAUGCAUCUGCUAUGAAGGGCUUGGGGAAUAGGGUAAUGCCCCAGUUCAAAGACACUGAGCUGUCGUCCAUGAGGCCCAAAACCAAAUAUUCCACUUGUAGGUGCCACGAGAUGUGGCAUAACUUGAGCGGUUUCAAUUUAUUUACUUGGCCAAUGAUGGUGAAUUAUGUGAUAACCAUUUGAAACGAGUCGGUUAUCAAAUCGUUCACUCUUAUCGGCUACUCAUUUAUUUUGCUACUGUGGGUGAUGCCAAUGUCUGCUCUGGCCUGUCGACCACUGGGACCGCCUGUGGUUAAACUAGGUUCUCGUUUUCAGAGAAUUGAUGGUCGUGGUCCGAUCACCAGUGACAACACAAUAUGCGUGCUUUGUGUGUUUCAUUGAGCCUAGCCCAGAUACAAAAUUAGCAGUAUGUUUUUGCGUUAGUGUUGUCGAUCUCUCUGUGUAUGCGGAUUGUCCCGCGUGUUGUUCCGAAAAUAAUAUUCAGGAACUGAAGUCCAGUUCCCUGAAGCUCCCAACACGUGGGGCGAUAUGCCGGGCAUCGUGCCGAGAAACACGCGGUGCAACCCAAACAGCAUUUGAGAGCUAAACUUCCCAUUGGCGUGCCGACAGUAGCUUGACAUUAUCGUGCCGUUCGUGCAAAUUGCAUCUCAAAAUGCCAUAGCAUUUGUAACACGCGCAGAUUUUUGCAGGGAGGCUCGGGAAACUACAAACGAGCGGAACGGCAGCCACAACCGGCACCAACAAUUGCCCAAGCUCUGUCGUCCUCUUCUUGGUUCUUUCGGUAAAGUCACGUAGAAGGGAAAUAAUAAAAAUAAAACAUAAUAAAAUAAUUCUCACGACGUUUCGGCCACAACGCAAGCAGCCGUCCUCAGGUGAAGAACAGGUCUGUCGGAAAGAC